AUGAGGUUGGAGCAGCUGCGCCUGCAGCUCAACUCAAAGAAGUCGCUCCUCGCACAUGCCAACGCCGUGCUGGCCAUGCGGAGAGCAGCAUUGGCGCACGGAGGAGCAGCAAGGGCGGGUGGAGCAGCCUUAGGAGGAGUGUCGGUGGCAGCUCCUCUAUCCCCCCCUCCCCUUUUUCCCUCCUCUACCACAGCUGGCCAUGCGGAGAGCAGCAUUGGCGCACGGAGGAGCAGCAAGGGCGGGUGGAGCAGCCUUAGGAGGAGUGUCGGUGGCAGCUCCUCUAUCCCCCCCUCCCCUUUUUCCCUCCUCUACCACAGCUGGCCAUGCGGAGAGCAGCAUUGGCGCACGGAGGAGCAGCACGGGCGGCUGGCCAUGCGGAGAGCAGCAUUGGCGCACGGAGGAGCAGCAAGGGCGGGUGGAGCAGCCUUAGGAGGAGUGUCGGUGGCAGCUCCUCUAUCCCCCCCUCCCCUUUUUCCCUCCUCUACCACAGUUGGCCAUGCGGAGAGCAGCAUUGGCGCACGGAGGAGCAGCACGGGCGGGUGGAGCAGCCUUAGGAGGAGUGUCGGUGGCAGCUCCUCUAUCCCCCCCUCCCCUUUUUCCCUCCUCUACCACAGCUGGCCAUGCGGAGAGCAGCAUUGGCGCACGGAGGAGCAGCAAGGGCGGCUGGCCAUGCGGAGAGCAGCAUUGGCGCACGGAGGAGCAGCAAGGGCGGGUGGAGCAGCCUUAGGAGGAGUGUCGGUGGCAGCUCCUCUAUCCCCCCCUCCCCUUUUUCCCUCCUCUACCACAGCUGGCCAUGCGGAGAGCAGCAUUAGCGCACGGAGGAACAGCAAGGGCGGGCGGAGCAGGCACAGGAGUGUCGAUAGCAAGUGGUACUGCUUGAUUCGACUGCUGGAACUGCUCUCCAAGUAUCUCUCCUUCCCUCUCCUACACGUCGCUGCCUUUGCUGCAUCAUCAUCCAAGGUGUGGCACCGGCAGUCCUACUGGACCCUCACUCCUCCCUCCAACCCCAGGGAUGUGAUCUCCUUCUCUCUCACACCAUCUCACUCGCACUCGCAAUCUCCCUCCUCCCUCGACUCUUCCUCCCACUCCCCCUCCUCCCCUCCCUUUUCCUCCAACCUCCCCUCCUCUCCCUCCGCCUCCACACACUCCUCUGCCUCCACACUUCCUGGAAGCUUCCUCUCCUCCUCCUUCGCCUGCAAUUCUCUCUUUGGCUCGUGGGCUGGGAUACCGCCUUCCCCGCUACAAGACGAAGCAGGCAACCCGAUAAAUUUCUCCCAUGCCUCGGCUGCGAAUCAGCAGCUGCCACCUGGCGAGAUCAAGCAGUUUCGGCGAGGACUGCGGUUGCUUCGGAGAAGUGCUGCCUGCCUCGCUGCCGCCCAAGCUGGCAGGUUCGGGAUCACCAAACCUGGAGAUGAGGCUCGGGGAGGAGGUGGUGCUGAGCUGGACGAGUUUGCUGAGCUGGCAAUGAUGAUGUCAGCCGCCACGCGGGACACACGGUUACCCUUCCUGCGGUAA